AUGCGACCAAAUUCUUCUGGUGAAUGGACGGUCGUUGAGUGUGAAUGGUUCGAUCAUGUGAAAUCUAUGCAGAACAAUAUAUUCUGGAAGACUCAGCUGGAAGGUUCGCCGAUCGUAUUUCUCUAUGGAAUCGUGUGCACUUUUGGGGCGUUGGCGAACUUGCUUGUGCUGUUCGCCUUUAUUCGCGCGUCAAACUUGCGGAAUUUGAGAAACAGUUUCAUCGUAAACCUGGCAUUCUCGGACCUUCUCCUGUGCGUAGUCACUGCUCCAGUGACACUCUAUCUUAGCGCUAAUUUGUUCUGGCCUUUUGGGAAUCUGUCCUGCAAAGUGCUUGCAUCCGUGCAAGCGGUGAACACCUUUGUCUCGUCGCUAACGCUUGCCCUGAUUGCUAUGGAUCGCGUGUUGCUGACGACAUGUCCUGUGAAAUGGCGUCUAGCAGCGACAGCACCAAUAGUCUGCUACUGUAUAGUAUGGAUAGUGUCGAUAGUCGUUGCGCUACCGUACUCGCUUACUGUAAGAUCCAAAAAAAUCGACACUUUUGGGCCGUGGAACGACAUUCAGACUCCUGCUAUGUUGAGCAUUUGUGGUCGCUCCUAUCCAGAAAUUUGUGUGGAAAUGCAGGACACAUGGGAUCGGGCUUACAUCUCGAAGACUACGUUCACAAUUACCGUAUUGGCUAUCCAGUAUUUGCUGCCGCUAUUCGCGCUCGCCUAUGCCUACGUGCAGAUCGGUUCCACCAUUCGACGGCGGUCAAAAGUCAGCCGAACGAUCGAUCAGGCACGACGUAUGAGCAUGCAGAGCAGGAACAGACGUGCUUUGUUGCUCCUGAUGAUACUAGUUUUGACCUACGCAAUUUGCUGGGCACCAAUGAACAUCCACAAUGUAUUAAACGGAUUCGAAGUGAUCUCGUAUUCACAGUAUAGGUAUCUGUUCUGCCAUCUUGUCGGCAUCUCUUCAGCAUGCGUGAAUCCGAUCACUUAUGCAUUAGUGAAUGAAUCGUUUCGCAACGCACUUCAUCACAUGUUUUUAUCGUAUCGGCCGUGCUACGUCACAUCCGGGGACUCGACCAACUCAUACAUUACAAACAGCAAACCAACCAAGGUCACGAUACGUGACCCAUAUUCGACAAAACUUGACUUUCCUGCUAAGGUGGACGAACUGGAGCCUUUAGAAAAUUCGACGCUAUGA